GGCGCUCCCAGCCUCCGGAGUCAGAUUUGGGACAUAAACUUUACGCACAGGUUUAACUCAGAAGCACCACUGCACCGAAGGAUCAGAGAGGCGAGGCUUCAAGACGCAACAAUCUUUUCCAUCCAAGGAAAAGUCUGCCUUGAAAAGACAUUUGCAGACAUUUUUUGUCAUUUUUAAGCAAAAUGCAAACAAGAUUAUAUAUUUUUUUGUUGAUAAUGUCUGCUGUGGAUGUCGCUCUAAGCCAGAAAGACUGCACAGGCGUGACAUGUCCUGUCGUGCAGAACUGCAUCGAAUCAGUUUUAGAGGACGGUGCCUGUUGUCCCAAAUGUACACAAAGAGGUUGCACCUGCGAGGGGUACCAGUUCUACGACUGCAAGCAACAAGGCUUCAGCGACGGGAAGGUACCAGAAGGGGAAUCCUAUUUUGUGGAUUCUGGAAGCACUGAAUGCUCGUGUCCCCAGGGAGGAGGGAACAUAAGCUGCCUUUACAUUCUGUGCCCUGAAAUUCCCCCCAACUGCAUUGAUGUUUUACAACCUGCAGAUGGGUGUCCACAAUGUGGGCGUGUCGGCUGUGCCCAUGGCAGCAAGAAGUAUGAGGCAGGACACUCAUUUCAGUUAGACCAGUGCCAGGUUUGCCAUUGUCCGAAUGAAGGGGGUAGGUUAACGUGCUCCCCAAUCCCAGGCUGUGACCUCCGUGGUGUUAACAAGCCCACGUGGGCAACAACUACUGAAAAUAACAGCCACCUGAGAGACAUUAGCGGAGGUCAUGACACUCGAUCAACAAGCUUAUUUUCCAAGGUUGUGUUGGCAAACUCUCUCCCACUUUAUAAGGAGGACCCACCCAGUUUUGGCUCAGAAGACUAUGACUACAUACUGGCAGAACCGACGUCUUCCACUAUUCAAAAUCUGGCCAAGUCGCAGGAUGCUGCUACAGUUCCUUCAACUUACCCAGAGUCAAGCUCUGCAACCUUCACGUCUCAUGAUGUAAGAGGAAAUGACCUGGCUGAAAAACCUCGAAGCCCAGUGAGGAGCAGUGAGAAAGAUCUGAUGCGAGUCUUGGAUUCAACCACGACAGGAACUCAAAGCAAUUCAUUACCAUCGACAACAAGCAACUCCACUCAGGUAGUUUCCACUGACAACCAGAGGUCAAAGCAGGAAACUGAAGAAAGACCUAUGAGACAUACACACAGAAAUAAAGGAGUUAGACACUUUGGUGAACAGAAACCCAGUCGUCGAGGCCACACUAGACAUCAUGGUGAAACCCAUUCUAUCAGCCGCACUGAAGGGGCAAAAGCAUCUAUGGAGCAAAAGUCCCAGCUUGGCAAACAAGAACAUGGUUUCUACCCCACAGUCCAGUUUAGUCCCACCAGCAGAGCUCCAGUUAGGAUGAGAGAAGAGCCUCAAAGACAAUCUCACACCCUCGACAACUACCGUUCACAGGGUGUGGAGGAAGACACAGAAGUGUCUGUCAAAGAGUUGGUGAAGACCUGCUGUGAGACCGGGAAAAAAUGGGCUUCGGCUAAUGGCCACUGCAGCAACAUGAAGCCACCCACGGAUGAUAGGCGCACCAUUUGCUGGACCGCCCAACAACAGUGCUGUCUCGGCUCUCUGAAAGAACGGCAGUGCUUGGCGGGAAUUGAGGCAGCCAGAGCAGGAAGCUUCUGUAGGGAGGAAGCCAGCAGUAAAUGUGGGAUGGAUUCCUAUAAGGAGUGCUGCAGUUGCUGCUUUCUCGGGCUGCAGCUCCACAGAGCUGGUCAUCGCUGUGAAGCUCACCAGUACCCUGGUCUCCACUGCCAUCAUGUCUCUCUAAACUGUUGCAAGCAGGCUGAGGGGACACAAACUGUCAGAGACAGGCCUGCUCUGGACCCAACUCUGCUCCCAGUAAAAGUCUCAGACAGCCUAUAUCCUAAAGAGGCCUUCUCCAUCGGCGAGGAGCGGGAUGGUGAGAAUGCCGUUGAGGGACCCAUCGAGGACAUGAAUGAGUGCCUGAUAUAUGAGGGCAACAUCUGCCACCAGCGAUGCAUCAACACGCCCGGCUCUUACCGCUGCGAGUGCUACCCCGGCUACGUGCUGCAGGAGGACGCUUUCACUUGUGCGCAAGAGAGGACGGAUGAGGAGAACAGUCUGAAGGAGUUUAAUCAGGCAGCAGUGGAAACCACCUCUCCACUUCCACCUCCCACCCAGCCUUCUGUCCCACUCAACCCCUGUGAAGGAAACAGCAUUUGUGAGCAACAGUGCACCCCAGUGGGAGGAAGGCCACAGUGCUCCUGCUCCUUAGGCUUCUCCCUCAGAGCAGAUGGACGUUCAUGCGAUGACGUGGAUGAGUGUUUGUCUGCACAUGGCUGCCAGCUUAACGAGCGCUGCGUGAACACAAGGGGGAGUUAUGUCUGUCAGAGACUGAUCACCUGCCUGCCUGGAUACCAAAUCAGCAACGACAUUUGUGAAGACAUUGAUGAGUGCAUGAUGGGAAAUCACAACUGUGGAGACAGGCUUGUGUGCUUGAACAUAGCCGGCUCAUUCAGGUGCAACCCCAAACCUAUCUGUCCUGCAGGAUUUAAACAGGACGCACAGGGCAACUGCAUAGAUAUCAAUGAGUGUACUACUUUGACCCAGCCAUGCAGUUCAGGAUUUACCUGCAUCAACACAGCGGGGUCAUACAUUUGCCAAAGGAAGAUGAUAUGUAGCCGUGGUUAUCAUGCAAGCCCUGAUGGAUCCAGAUGUGUUGAUGUGAAUGAAUGUGAGAGUGGCCUGCAUCGAUGUGCAGAGGGACAGUUGUGCCACAAUAUGGCUGGCUCAUAUCGUUGUGAGUGCCGGACGGGGUACCAGUAUGAUUCAUUCAGGAGGAUGUGCGUAGAUAUAAACGAGUGUUGGCGCUACCCUGGCCAUCUGUGUGCCCAGACCUGUGAGAACACCCCGGGCUCUUAUGAAUGCUCGUGCACCUCUGGUUUCCGCUUAUCUGCUGAUGGCAAGAGCUGUGAAGAUGUGAACGAGUGUUUGACUAGCCAGUGCAGUCAGGAGUGUGCCAACAUCUAUGGUUCCUACCAAUGCUACUGCAGAAAGGGUUACUACCUCAGGGAGGAUAGACACACCUGUGAAGACAUUGAUGAAUGUUCCCAGAGCAUUGGCCACCUUUGUACCUACAGGUGUGUGAAUACUCCAGGCAAUUACCAGUGCGCGUGUCCUGAAUAUGGCUACGCCAUGUCCCCAAAUGGACGCUCUUGCAGAGAUAUUGAUGAAUGCGCCACGGGGACUCAUAACUGCUCUCUGGGUGAGAAGUGCUACAACAUCCAAGGAGGGUACCGCUGCCUUUCGCUUAACUGUCCACCAAACUUCCGCAAAGUGACUGACACACGCUGUGAGCGGAUCAGCUGUCUCGACUACCUACAGUGUCAGAACUCUCCUCAGAGAAUCACCUACUACUACCUCAGCUUCCAGUCCAACAUCGUCAUCCCCGCUCAGAUCUUCCGCAUUGGUCCGGCUCCCGCCUACUCUGGAGACAACGUUAUUGUGACUAUCACAGAGGGGAAUGAGGAAAACUACUUCAGCACCAGGAAACUGAAUGCCUACACUGGUGCUGUGUUCCUACAGCGACAGGUGCAGAGCCCACAGGAUUUUCUGAUCACAGUAGAGAUGAAACUUUGGAGGCAGGGGAAAUUUGCCACCUUCCAAGCCAGGCUUUACGUCUUCAUCACACCAAAUUUACUCUAAUGAGUGCUUGUGGUGAGGCCAUUAUGGAAUACAGUUAAUACAGUAAACUACUGUAUGUCCUUUCCAAUCAACAUUUGACAAUGCCGUUCUCUGUUGUGAUGAGUUUGAACUGUUUGAGGAAGUUGUUGCUAGAAAAGUAGAAUUUUAAAAAGAUUACAUCCUGUCAUUUUUGUCACUAAGACUGCAAUAAAUCAUCCAGUUUUGAUUUAUUUUGUUAUAUUUUGUCAUAUUACAUUUCAUAUUUUCAAAACGUGUUUUCUGCAAAACUCAAUGCCUCUAAGAUUAAAACCUAAUAAUCAAAUUUUGAUGUCUAGAUUAUUUCAGAGCAAUCUAACAUUUUGUCUUACUUUGCAACGUGCACUGCUGCCUGUGUGUGUUUAAGAACUUAAUUUAAUGUUACCAUAUUUGUAUGGAAAAAUGUUUAUCCCUGUAAUUAAAUAUAUUGCAAGUAGAUGUAUCAUAUUUCUAUGUUGAAU